AUGCUGGACUAUGAGUACUUCUUGAAGGUCUUGGCUAUCGAGAAAGGUGAAGAAGGCUGGCUGGCCUUCGCCCCCCGCGUAACUAGCAUCGCCAGCCCCAGCCUGAGCCCGACGCCACCCUACAGCCCGUGCUCAAGCCCGACGUGGAGCAAGACGUCAAGCUCCAGCUGGACCUCGACCAUCGGGUCCCAGAAAAGUUUUCCUAAAAUAUUUCAGUCAUUUAGGAAAGACGUGUCUGGAGUGAAUUUAGAAAGAAUUGUUUAUCCAAGCUUGUAUCCAGGAAUUACAACAUCAGUACAAACAGAAGAAAGCUGGCUUCAGUAUUUGUCUGAUCGAAAGCAGCAGGAAGAGAAGAAAACACGCCCACUGUUGAAGAAGAAAGCUGAACCUAAAAGCCUGGCUUCUGAGUUAAGAAAAAAGUGGGUAAUUAAUCCAGAAGAGCCAAAAUUAAAGAUUUUAUACGAGCUGGAGUUUAAGGAUGACUUCAUGAAAUUGUUUGCGCCUUCUCUGAAAACAUUACCCAGCAUUGGGCCACCAUCCAUUCUCACAUACAAACCAGAGAUUACUAAUUUAAACAUUACAUUCAAGGAUGAAGAGGAGGAGCUAUUGCCUAAGUGUGAAUAUUGUGGGAAUGAUCUACGAACAUUUCUUUCCAGUAUGGAUUUUUACCCUGAGCCAAUAAAACGUGACUCCUGUUGUAUUCAUUUCCAAAAUCUAGUUGAAUAUAUCUAUGUUGAAGAACAAAAAAACCAAAGUGCUUGUGCUAAAUUAAUCUCUAUUAACCCUCAUGCAGCUCAUGGCAGUGAAGUUGAUAGACUCAAAGCAAAGGAAAAAGCCCUACAGAGAAAACAGGAGCGACAAAUGGCCAAACAUUUGACAAUACUAGCAGAUGAUGAGCCUAGUUUCUCUGAAGAAGAUUCAAGGCACUUAAAAACGAUUUCCUAUCAACUAUCCGUGGAUAUUCCAGAAAAGGAGCCAACUGAUGAGAGCAUAUUUGAUUUUCAAGUGGAAACUCUUAACUUACCCAUUAUUUGUUGUGAUUCUAGGAUAGCGUGUGGAAAGGUAAUAAGGGACGAGAUCCUAGAGAAGAACUACAAACACGGGAGCAAGUUUCUGACUUCAUUUCCAGAUGGCACAACUCAAAUAUUCUAUCCAUCUGGAAACCUCGCCAUCAUCCGAGUACCCAACAAGAUAAGUGGUUUCACUUGUAUAAUCCAAGAAGAUAUGUCCACUAACCCUGCAAUCCUGGCACUGCUGGAUUCCUCUGGCAGAAGUUCUUGCUAUCAUCCCAAUGGAAAUGUCUGGGUAUGCAUCAAUAUCUUAGGAGGUCAAUAUUCAGAUCAAGCAGGCAACAGAGUAAGGGCUUGGAAUUGGUCAAGUUCUGUCGCUUCCACACCCUUCGUUUCAUUUAAACCAGUGUUUCUGGCUUUGAACAAUUAUGUUGGAGUUCGCAUCUUAGAACAAGAUAAAAUUUCAAUCACUUUUCUAGCAAUGGGCCAACAGGCAAGAAUCAGCGUAGGAACCAAAGUGAAGGUACCAAACCCUGAGGAGAUUCCAGUCCUCCGAUACCUGAGUGAGGAUGACUUUCUUCUGCUGGCCAGCUUAAUAAAGAUUCGACGCCUAUUUCACAAACUAGAAGGAUGUGUGAAUUUUCCUUCAAGCCAAGUUUGGAAUAAACUGAAACAACCUUCUUACCUUUCUUCACUGUCUCUAAAACUAAUUACUCUCUGUCACAAUUCUGGUAUAAAGCAAGAUAUGAUGGCAACAAUAACAGGUAUAAUAAAUGAAAAACUUUAA